AUGCCUAGCAUCAGUUCCCUCGUUGGCCUCGCCUCUCUGGCGAGUGCCGUCGCCGUCGGUCACGCCUCGCGCCAGACUGCGGGCCAGUUCACCGUACCCGUCCGGUACAACCCCAACUUCCAGAUGGCUGUGCCGGCCGGCGCCGACGAGGAUAUUCUCGGGCGCCGCGCAGACCAGGGUGAAGCCGACGCCAUCAACAGCCAAGAACGGCCCAACGCCGAGUACUACAUUGAGUUGGCCCUCGGCACGCCCCCGCAGAAGCUCAACCUCGUCUUCGACACGGGCUCGGCGGACCUGUGGGUGUUCGGCGACGCCGCACAGGGUGCUGUGCCGGCGGGCACGGCCCGCUGGAACCAGAGCAUGAGCUCGACGGCGAAGCUGCUUGCCGGCGCCACCUGGGACAGAGGCUACGCCGACGGCUCCGGCGCCAGCGGUAGCGUGUACCACGACCUUGUCGGUGUCGCCGGGCUGCAGGUCCCUGACCAGGCCAUCGAGUACGCCGACAAGGUCCGGCCGCUUAGUGAUGGCCGGGACAUUCUCGCCAGCCCUGUGUCGGGUAUUGUAGGCUUCGGCUUUGACAGCAAGAACAGGGUCAAGCCGAACAAGGAGAAGACGCUCUUCUCCAACAUGAAGGCCCAACUGGCCCAGCCUGUCUUUACCGCGGACCUGAAGCAAAAGGCCGACGGCACCUUUGGUUUCGGCUUCAUUGACGCGUCCAAGUACACGGGCGACAUCACCUACAGCAAGGUGGACAACUCCAAGGGCAACUGGAUGUUUACGUCGCCUGGCUACGCCGUCGGCGACGGCAGCACUUUUGUCAACUUUGAUAUGGAGGCCAUCAUUGACACGGGCGCAGCCGGCGCGCAAGUCCCCCGGCAGGCGUUUUUGGCUUACGUCAAGUCCGCGCCCGGCAUCAAGAAUACGAUGCCCUGCAACUUCAAGCUGCCCGAUUUCUACUUUGGAAUCGGCAACGGGCAGACGAUCAAGGUUGACGGCGAAGCCCUCAAGCAACCCAUUGGCUCUGGCAACUGUCUGUUCAAGCUGUCCAACGGCGGCAAUACCAAGCGUGCCUUUUUCGGCUCCCCUUUCCUGGCCAACGCGUUUGUCAUCUUUGAGGACGGCGCUCAGGGCCCCCGUGUUGGCUGGGCCAAGUCGGCUUAA